AUGUCCACCUGCCGCCAGAGCAAGACAUCGAAGAGCGAUGCUGCGGGCAGGAGCAAGUCAAAGAGAUCAUCAGAGCAGGUUGUUGCGGACACACCCGUGAAGAAGGAUGAUGAGCAGAAAAAAAGUAUGAGAGCCGAAGAAAAAAAUCUUAGAUAUCGUUUGAGUGCUGAAGACUACCAAAAGAUCCAGGGCUAUGAUGAUCUGCAGAAGCAGCUGGAGCUGGAUGAGGCGAAGGCGCUGUUGGCCCAAUGUCAGGACCCGCAAGGAUUGGUGAAGAGUUUGCAGGAAUCCGCUGAGCGCAUACGGCUUCUCGAAAAAGAGAAUGUGGACUUGUCUCGGAUUUUGACAAACUAUGUCUCGAACCCUGCUAUGCUUCCUUGCAGAGCUGGAGAUGCCUCAAUCAAAAGGGAGGUUCUAGUCAAGAGGGAGGUUCCAUGA